CUGGCGCUUCAGUGUUCUCUAAGUCGAGGUAUAGGACGGACGCGUCUUGAUUUAAAUGAAUCAUGUAGCGAUGUUUUGUCAAACGGAUUAAAUUAAAGUGAAUAGUGUGUGUUCAAGAUGCAUGAAAUGUUCACGAUUUUUAUUCAAAUGUUCUUCACUUUUGAGGUUGUUACCAGCCUGCGAGACGUGCGACUUCUCGUAGAACCCACAAUUGUGGUGAGGGGCGGUGUAGCAGCCCUCAUCUGCUCUCGAGACAUGCAGGGGGCGCCACUAUACUCUGUGAAAUGGUAUAGGGGUAAUCACGAGUUCUACAGAUUCACACCAAUGGAGGUACCAGACACCAGGGUGUUUGGAUUACCAGGGAUCUAUGUAGAUAUGAACCGCUCAAACGGCUCCCAAGUUCUUCUGCGAAGAAUGGAUUUAGGUCUAGCUGGUAAUUUCAGCUGUGAAGUGACAGCUGAUUCCCCGUCCUUUGUAACGCAGAUUGCCACCAAGUAUAUUGAUGUAAUUGCGCUGCCAACGUCGAUACCAAUUCUCAAAGCAGAUAAGGACCGCUACCAACCUGGAGAAACUUUGCGAGCAAACUGUACCUCACCACCAGCUAGACCUUCUGCAAACAUUACUGUAUAUGUCAAUGAGGAAGCGGUUCGAGCAACAGAAACGAGCCUUCAUCCAACAGAUAUUGGCCUUUUCACAACGAAAGUGAAUAUAGAGCAAAAGAUCACCCCGGAUUUAUUUCCUGGGGGUAGGCUGAGGCUAGCAUGCUAUGCAACUUUAUACAACGUUUAUAAUAAGUCUGCCAAGCUGGACUUUCUAACACCGGAGACCGAUCCGAGGCCAGAAAGAAUAACGCUCAACGGUGGUGCAUCGAAGACGUUCUUAAAUUGGUUUCUACUCAUCUUGCUCUUUUUUCUUCCAAUGGUAAUGGCGCAGGACUACGAUUUGUCGUAUUAUGAGGACACUGACGUUAGCCAGGAAGAUGCCGUUGUAUCUUUACUUGGAAUAUAAAUAUAUAAAUUAUUAUUUACGAUAUUAUUACUUUACGGAUUUUAGGCUUUAAAUUAUAACAGUUAUUUAAAAAAAAUCAUUUUUUUACACCGUAUAAGACAAAAUAGGGACAUUUUCGCAUAAAUAAUCUUGGCCUUAAAUUAGUUCAUUUGUUUUUUAUCAUCAUUUCAUACUUUAUACCGUAUGAUAGGCCCGUUUAGAGUAUGAAUUUACAAAUGACACCAACGGAAUUCGAGCAAAUAUAGGGCUUAAGGAUCACAGUCAUUCAUAUAUAAGAUUUAAUGAUAUUUACAUUGGGUUUACACAAACAAUCAUUUCACAUAAAAUAAAUAUAUAAAACUCAUUUCAGUUUCUAGUAAAAUAACGAAUAACUUAGGUCACAAGCUAAAUUGCACGUUAAAUGAGCACAUAGAAAGAGUCCAUUAGUGCACAGCCGGGGAUCGAACCUACGACCUCAGGCAUGAGAGUCGCACGCUGAAGCUAGUAGACCAACAUUGCACUUAACUACUCUUUUCAAUAUUAUUAAACCAACCUUUAAUAGCGUUGAAAAAAAGGAGCUUGACUCGUAUCUGGCGUUCAUAGAACAUCUUUCAUUUUCCCAAUUACCCAUUUUCUGGAAGUUUCGGUUUCGAAUGGUUGACUUUAUAAAAAGACCGGGAUAGUCCCGUGGGACGAACAACCUGACGCGUCCCUCGCAAGUAUAUGCUUAAUUAAUGUAUUGGCUUUUAACUAGAAAUGUACUGUUUUCAUAUAUCCUUAAUUUAUCUUUUGAUUUCAUAUGUGAUCUGAUCAUAGUGUGACAAUGAUAAUGACUAAUUGAAUAAUUAAAUUUUACCACGAACUAACUAUUAAACUUGUUUUUAAGAUUAAUAUUGAGACUCGACAACGCGAACUACAAAUAAAUCAGCUGAAAACCUUUAUUGAUAUGUAUUUUGAUUUUACAUGACAUCUAAUGAACAUUGCGAUAGAAAAAAUCCAUAUCCAGUUUUUUUUUACUAAAAAAGGUAUCAAGGUAUAAAGACCGGCCGGGUGUCCAUAGGCUGCGGUAGUUAGUUACAAACGUGCUCUCAAUUAUAUAUAUAAAAAAAUCUUAUGUACUGAGUUAUUGGAGCACAAAUAUCACGAAACUAUCAAAGCCCUACGGUAUAAUUUCUAAGUUUACGUUUAGAGAUGACUGAUUUUUACAUGAAUUAAAAUAUUGUUAUUUUUUUAUACUGUGUUAUUGUUUUUAAUUUCACAUGUACAUAUAUUGUAAAUACAGCGUUUAAAUUAAUAACAUUUUAAGAUUUGCCUUUUGCAGUAAUAAUACUUUUCAUAAAUUAUAUAAAUGGCAAAGGCUUAAAUCAGUCUUCUUAAAUGUCUGAAAUUCGAAGUUUCCAGAAUAAAUUUAACGUUAUCAAAAAUUUACGCAAAAGGUUUAUCUAAUUGGAAAAUCAUACAAAAUACUUGCUUCAAACUCGUAAUAAUUUUUAAAUAAUGUCGUAAAAAUUGUUAAGCUUAAAUAAGGAGUUUUAUUAUUUGAUACGGUUAUGUAGCAUAGCUAUCAUUAUUUUUUAAUUCUUUCUGUUACAUAAAACAUUUAUAAUACGUUUCGAGUCUGCCAGAUGUUGUUAUAAGCGAUGGUGACGUAAACAAUUGAAUGAUGUACAUUGCGUGCCUUUAAAAAAGUUAUAGCUUAUACUUGUCAGCACUCAGCAGUAUAACUCGGAAGGGUGUUUGGUUGCAGGCCUGUUAUGUACGGUAACGAUAUAAAACUAUUGUAUUAACACUUAAAUGGAGGUAAUCCAUAACUAUACUAUCUAACGACCCGUAAUCCGUAGAUGUUACACAUCUCUUAUUACGGAAUUAGUAGUAAAAAAUACAUAUUGAUUUUUUUAUUUAUAGAGUACUAUUUUUUAUCCGGGUCAACUGUAAGUAUUAAAGUAACAAACUUAGGUUUGCGAAUUAUUAGUUACCAGGAAAAAACCCAGGUUUGUUGACUACAUUGAAACAAAAAACGCAGCAAUGCAUACAAGUCAGCAAGUCAAACGCCAUCGACUCAAAAUCUAUUAUU